AUGGCUUCUGAAACUACUUCUAAACCUUUCGACAUCGUCGCCACAUACAAUGAUCUCCUCCGUUCCGAUCCAGAUCUCACAAUGCCAAUCGCCGCCAUCGAAGCAUUGGUUCUUCUCUUGACUCACUCUCCCUCCUCCACAAUAUCGGAAACCCUGGAUCUAUUAGAAACGCAUACGGGAUACCUAAAACGCUCAAUACCAAACCCGAUUGGUCUUUCUGCCGGCACCGAUCUUUUCCAACGGUACCUCAUAACAACCCUACAGAGACCGGGCCAACUAGGCCCCGCAGGGGAUUUCAACGCAAUCAGAGCACAUCUGCUUGCGAAUGGCCGGUUAUUCAUCAAACGCGCAAAAGAGAGCAGGGAUAGGAUAGCUGCGUUUGGCAGUGGGUUUGUGCGGGAUGGAAGCACGGUGUUGACCAACGGUGGAUCCAGGGUGGUCAGUGCUUUGUUGCGGAAGGCUGCGGAGGAACAGGGCGAAACAGGAACUCCUGCGGCUAGAUUCCGGGUUAUUUAUGUGGUGUCAGUCGCACACAGCCAUAAUGGCAAUUCAUCCAGAUCCGAUCUGGAAGGGAUGGAUACUGUCACCGCGCUUAGGUCCAAGGGGAUCCCGGUAGCUACGAUCCCGGAGUCGGCGGUGGCAUACUCACUAGGUAUGGUGGAUAUGGUGAUUGUGGGUGCGGAAGGUGUCCUUGAGAACGGCGGCAUCAUAUCGCGCCUAGGGACGUAUCAGAUGGGCCUUCUAGCAAAAGCUGAGGGAAAGCCAUUCUAUGUCGUCGCGGAGAGCCACAAGUUUGUCAGAUUGUACCCACUGGGCCAAUAUGACCUGCCAAUCAAUCAGAAGGUGAUUGAUUUCCAGACGGAUCAAACGAGUGAGCCUUCCGGCCAAACUUCUGGCGUUCAAACCGAUGAACACAGCUUCCAGUCCACUACGAAGGAAAAGACCAAUCAUCUCAACGCCCUACUCAACGGGAAAACGUUUGCACCGUGCGAGAACAGAAGGCCGGUAAAACGUGAUGCUGUUGAUUUCACUCCCCCACAUCUUAUCUCGGCUCUGAUUACGGAAAGCGGCGUGCUAACUCCCAGCGCUGUUAGUGAGGAAUUGAUUAAGAUAUGGUUCUGA